AUGUGGGAGCCAAUAGAGCAAAGGCUGGCUCCAUCCUGUACAGUCUUGCGGAUGCAAGAUCCGAGAUGCAACAAGCCGCAGAACAAGAGGACGAGCAAAUCUGGCUCGUGCCGGAAAGUUUCACGAAUUCGAAAAACCAAACCGCCCGAGAAGCAAAGAAACCCCAAUUUUGCGUCACAAAUCAACCCUGCUAGUGAUUUUCAUGAAUCUCCGGAUCAAAUAUUCCCCGGAAUUAUUAUGCAAGAGAAUUCUCAACAUACUGAGAGCCAAAUGGAACUCAGUAUAGCACACGAGGAACUUCAGGCUACGCAGGAGAUUUUCACAUAUGAGAAUCCUUUGCCCGUCAACAGAACACAAGAUUUGCAGCUACCCCGUGAUGCUUCCCGAAAUGUUUCCCGAUCAGACAUCUGCUAUGACCCGAGACCCCAGCACUCACACACUUCUUACGAGUAUCGAGGAAAUAUGGUAUCGAGUGAAAAGGACCAACCCCAGACUUCGCGUGAGAUGGUGUCUGAUGGGCUUACCAGCCUUGAUUCGACCUUUCAUGAGUCCACAGGCUUCUCCUCGAAUGCCCACGGCCAGGCUGUCGAACCAUCUUUAGCCCUUGGGAAUAUGGCGUCCCCUGAAUUCGAUGAGCUCAUUCGUCUUAACAUGCACCAGGGCGGCGUCCCAGUGCCAGAUGUAUUCCUGGAUUUCCACAACCCUACGGGCUUCUCGAAUGCCCACGGCCAGGCUGUCGAACCAUCUCUAGCCCUUGGGAAUAUGGCGUCCCCUGAAUUCGAUGAGCUCAUUCGUCUCAACAUGCACCAGGGCGGCGUCCCAGUGCCAGAUGUAACACUGGGUUUCCACAAUCCUACGGGCUUCUCGAAUACCCACGGCCAGGCUGUCGAACCAUCUUUAGCCCUUGGGAAUAUGGCGUCCCCUGAAUUCGAUGAGCUCAUUCGUCUUAACAUGCACCAGGGCGGCGUCCCAGUGCCAGAUGUAACACUGGGUUUCCACAAUCCUACGGGCUUCUCGAAUACCCACGGCCAGGCUGUCGAACCAUCUCUAGCUCCUGGGAAUAUGCCGUCCCCUGAACUCGAUGAGCUCAUUCGUCUUAACAUGCACCAGAGCGGCGCCCUAGUGCAAGAUACAUCGGUGCGCUUUCACAAUCCGACGAACAUUGCUUUCCCCAUUCCCCAUAGCCAAACAAUUGAAAACCCCAGCCCAUCAACCGAGCCGAUUAUAUGUAGCGCCUAA